CCCUUCACUAUAAAGCACACACCUUAAGAGAAUUCAGGUAAGACAGCUUGUCUAUUUGGAUCUCUCUUGAGCCGAUAGGGUAGAUGCUGAGAUCGCUGAUGACGAACCAGCCGGGUGGAUGAUCUCCUCGUGCUCCUCUCGAAUUAAAACAUCAUAAAAUGAGACAUCCGGUUUACAAACAUGACUGCUCCCGAAUAAUUACAUGGUUUUCAUAGUUGAAUAAAUAAACGCAAGGAUUAUAAGGGCUGUCAUCUGUUCUCCUGAAGAAGUCCAGAUCGUCGUGGAUCAAUAUUAAAGGUAAAAAAAGGCAAAUGGAACACAACAAAUGGAAGAGCUUUUUAGGAAUAUGUAUUAUCAAUAUUUUAUUCUUCGUUCUGAUGUUGGCAUACAGAAACUGGCAUCCUGAUUACACAAGCAUGCCAAUUUAUAAUAAACUGAAAAUCUCGAAGGCUUCACAUUCAAUAACACCCAUCAAAGACUCACAACACUUCAUGGUGUCUGCAUUUAUUGACCACAGAUUGGAUGGGACCAUUCGAGUCAUCAGUAUUAUCGACAGACACAAUCUUCAGCCACUUUACUGUGCUUACUGCACUAUUGAACAUGACUGUAAAGAAGCUGAGACUGACGUCUGGAUACAUAGUGACCAUUUUGGCUUCCCAUUUCAUGUCUCAGAUGUGAUUUGUAAAGGUAAACACGUGCAAGAUGCAACACGUGUCCUCAUCUCAACUAAACCUUCCCUGGACAAUGAAACCCACCAGUAUCUGCCAAUACAAAAUCGUGUAAUAAGUGAGACUUUCAAGUUUAACUUCACAGUUUGCAUCUCCAACCUUUUUGGUGACUACAACAAUGUGCUGCAAUAUGCACAAACUAUAGAAAUGUACAAGCUUCUGGGCGUUCAGCGAGUGGUCAUCUAUAACACUAGUUGUGGACCAGACCUGGAAAAGCUCUUAAAGCAUUAUGAAAGAGAGGGAAUAGUGGAGAUUGUUCCAUGGCCAAUUGACACGUUUCUUAACCCGUCCCCAGGUUGGAACUUUAAGGAGCACAAGGGUGACAUUCAUUAUUAUGGACAGUUGACAACACUCAAUGAGUGCAUUUACAGGCACAUGUAUCAAUCCAAGUACGUUCUCCUGAAUGACAUCGAUGAGAUUAUUGUGCCUUACAAAUAUGCCAAUUUACCAUCUCUUAUGAAGAACCUCCAAGAUGAGCAUCCCAAUGUGGGUGUGUUCCUCAUUGAGAACCACAUAUUCCCCAAAACACAGUUUGAGGACAGUGGUCGCUUCAAGCGACCAGAAUGGCGUAAUAUUUCUGGGAUCAAUAUCAUGGAGCACAUUUAUAGAGAACCUGCCCGAAAGAAUGUUUUCAAUCCCAAAAAGAUGAUUGUUAACCCAAGGAUGGUGGAGCAAACAUCGGUACAUUCCUCCUUGAAAAACUUUGGAGAGACAUACCAUGUUCCAUUUGAUGUGUGUAGGAUUGUACAUGUACGAGUCCCACUGCAGGGGCAUCUGACCAAAGAACAGCUGGCUGUGGACAAAAAAGUGUGGGACUUUGAGCAAGAAUUGGUACCAAAUGUUGACAAGGCAUUGGAGAGUUCUGGUUUGUUAAGACCUAACAGCUGACAUCAUCGAAUUGAAAUGUGAAAGCAAUAUUUCUUUUUAUGUUGUCAAAUUGUAUUAUGAAAACAUCUAUUUUGUCAUGUUUUGGAUGCUGAUUCUCAUGAUAGGGUGUUGGUUUGACAGUUUCAUAUACUAGAGGACCUCUUAAAGUCCCCCUUUGGUGAAAAUCAAGUUUGUAAUGUUGUUUAUAUGUCUGUGUGGUGUUUUUAUUAUGCUUUAAGAUAAACCAUGUGCAAAUUCAUCAUUUUAAACCAUUGCUGAGUAUUUUCUCCAUAAAACUGCAGUUUACCAAAGACAGUUUAAAAAUCCAGUUUGCUUCAUCCUUGAUGUCGAACGGCCUAUCUCCAGUAUCUCCUGUUUGUUCCAGGAUGGUGAAGGACAUGUUGUCCUGGAGAAUUCCUGAUUCAGAGAAUGCUGGCUACACUGUGCUGGUUGGUAUGCCAAGCGGAAGAGUCGGGAGCUUGUACUGGAGAAGAGGGAAAAGAGCUCCCAAUGGCACAAUCCCGCCUGGAAGCGCACGGUCUGUAGCAGGUGCUGUGGCACAGGAAAGACAGCAGAUAUUUUGGAUGUUUGUUACAACCUAGUAGAAGUCUAAGGGUUGGUUAAUCAUAUUAGAAAUUUUACCCUGGGUUACCCCGCUGCGGUUUCAACUCUGCUUCUUCAACACGAGCAUGAGCUGCUCACACAUCA